AUGGAGAACAACAGCCUCGUAACCCUGUCACCGGAUCAGUUCCAAGGACUGUCCAAAUUGAAAGACCUGGCUGUUUAUGAAAACAGUAUUCAGUACCUACCGCGUGGAGUUUUUAAAGGCUUGACAAACAUGCAGUCUAUGAGCUUUUAUUUCAACAAAAUCCGCACAGUAAGCAACGAGCAUUUCAAAGAUAUUGCGCCAAGUAUUCGAUUCCUUUACUUCCAUUACAACGAAAUGCGAGAACUACCGGCCGGUUUCUUCUCGAACAUGAAAAAUUUAAUAACAGCGACUGUAGACACCAACCUGAUGUGUUGCCAUUUGACGAAGGAGGACGCGGAUUGCGACUUUGUUUAUGUCGACAGCUUCGCAAGUUGUGAAACUAUGUUCAGAAAUCGAGCACCUAGGAUAUGUCUCUGGGUGGUCGGAAUUCUGUCGUUGGUGGGUGCUGUGUUUGUGAUCGUGUGGCGGCUGGUAUUUAAAGAGACGAAGGAGAAAAACAAGAUACAGUCUAUCAUGUUGAUACAUUUGGCAGGGUCUGAUGGACUGAUGGGUGUCUACCUUAUCAUAAUAGGUGUGAUGGAUGCCAUUUGGGCAGGGCAGUAUUUCUUGCAUGACUAUAACUGGCGUUCCAGUUUGUCAUGUCAGAUAACAGGUGCCAUUGCUGUUUUGUCAAGUGAGGUGUCUGUGAUGACUAUUUGUUUGAUAUCCGCUGACCGGGUUAAGAAUAUUCUGUUCCCCUAUCGUGGAAAGUCCCUUACAAUCAAGGUUACGCACCUUUUUUGCCACCUUAUCUGGAUUGUUGGUGGGAUAAUUGCAUUUAUUCCCACGGUGGGCAUCGACUACUUUGGUAGUCGCCAAAAAGGUCACCACUUUUAUGGCAGAUCAGUCGUAUGUCUGCCAUUGCAGCUUUCCGCUGAUAAGCCCUCAGGCUGGGAAUACUCUGUCGCAAUGUUUGUCGGUCUAAACUUUACCCUUGUGUUCUUUGUCAUUGUGGCCUAUUCGAUGAUUAUCUAUACGUCCUGCACAUCAAACAGGCGCAUGGCUAAGCAAGGGACUGAAAGAGAGAGGAGAAUGAAAGCCAAGAAAAGGGCAGCCGACCUGAAGAGGGAGGCCUCGCUUGCCAAAAGAGUGUUCUUCAUCGUUCUCACCGACUGUGUCUGCUGGCUGCCUAUCGUGGUGAUUGGAAUGAGGUCUCUCUUGGAAAAAUCCUUCCGUACACCUGGUGACCUGGCAGUUUGGAUCGCAGUCUUUAUUCUGCCGGUUAACUCUGCCAUCAAUCCCAUUCUCUACACUUUAUCGACAAAACAGGUACGACGUGUUCUGAGUCCUAAAUUCCAACAAUUCUUGGGCUAUUUGAUAGAAAAGUGUGGACGAAAUCAAAACAAUGAAGGCCAAGAUGAGGGCAUGGAAAUGCGAUUCAUCGAAAAAGGUUCUGUUGAGUUAAUUGCUCAGCUUCAGCAGAUGCAACUCGAUGCAACCGAAUGGAACAGAUCUGUUUCACUUCGUCCAUGGACAUCAAUCAUGGGCUGA